CCCUAACUCUUAACAGAAAACCCUAAUUCAUACACUUGCAUAUAAAUAACCUUCUUUGUUUCAACUAUUUGACAUUAAAAAGUUCUUUACGCUCAUCGCCGCCGAAGACGUGAGUGUUUAAUUCGAGUAGAAAGAUAUGUCUCACAGAAAGUUUGAGCAUCCAAGACAUGGUUCUUUGGGUUUCCUUCCAAGGAAAAGGGCUAACAGGCAACGUGGCAAAGUGAAGGCCUUCCCUAAGGAUGAUCCUACUAAGCCUUGCAGACUCACUUCCUUUCUGGGAUACAAAGCUGGGAUGACUCACAUUGUCAGAGAAGUUGAAAAACCUGGAUCAAAGCUCCACAAGAAGGAAACAUGUGAAGCUGUGACUGUGAUUGAGACGCCUCCAAUGGUUGUUGUCGGUGUGGUUGGGUACGUGAAGACACCACGUGGUCUGCGCUCCCUAAGCACUGUCUGGGCACAGCAUUUGAGCGAAGAAGUGAGGAGGAGGUUCUACAAGAACUGGGCCAAGUCUAAGAAGAAGGCGUUCACCAAAUACUCAAAGAAGCAUGAAACCGAAGAAGGCAAAAAAGACAUUCAAAGUCAACUUGAGAAGAUGAAGAAGUACUGCACUGUCAUCAGAGUCCUUGCGCACACUCAGAUAAGGAAAAUGAAGGGGCUGAAGCAGAAGAAGGCUCAUCUGAAUGAGAUUCAGGUCAACGGUGGAGACACAGCUAAGAAGGUUGACUAUGCGUACAGUCUAUUCGAGAAGCAAGUCCCUGUAGAUGCUAUCUUCCAGAAAGAUGAGAUGAUUGAUAUCAUCGGUGUUACUAAAGGAAAAGGUUAUGAAGGUGUGGUUACAAGAUGGGGUGUGACCCGUCUUCCAAGGAAGACUCAUCGUGGACUCCGCAAGGUGGCUUGUAUUGGAGCUUGGCACCCUGCUAGAGUCUCCUACACGGUGGCUAGAGCUGGGCAGAACGGGUACCACCACCGUACUGAGAUGAACAAGAAGAUUUACAGGCUUGGUAAAGUUGGCCAAGAGACUCACACCGCCAUGACUGAGUUCGACAGAACAGAGAAGGAGAUCACGCCGAUGGGAGGGUUCCCUCACUAUGGGAUAGUGAAGGAUGAUUAUCUGUUGAUCAAGGGUUGUUGCGUGGGGCCAAAGAAACGUGUGGUGACAUUGAGACAGACGUUGUUGAAGCAGACGUCUAGGGUUGCGUUGGAGGAGAUAAAGCUUAAGUUCAUCGACACAGCUUCCAAUGGGGGACACGGUCGUUUCCAGACUGCUGAAGAGAAGGCCAAGUUCUAUGGUAGACUCAAGGCUUAGAUAUUUUUACUUUUCAAAUCCCAUUAAAAACAUUGUUUCGAGUUUUUCUUUCUUUGUUGGCCAUUUUGACUGGUUGUUCUUUUGACGUUUUACAUCCUCUGCCGUUUUGGUUAAAUAUGAUCAAGAUUUUGACCAAAUCGUUGAGCUGGAACCUAACCGCCGUGUGGUUCGAGUCUUUUUUUAUUUAAAUUAAUUAUUGUUAUAAAUCACGGUUCGAGUCUUUUUUUUUUUUAAUUAAUCUAUAUUAUUAAAGUUGAAGUACAAAUGAGUUUUGUUUGUAUAUAAGGAUAGAAUGAUAAAUAAAAUGUGUUU